CCAUCUUCCCACCUAACCCUAGUCUUCCAGUGGGACCAAUGUGUUAUUUCCAAUUCAAUGAUCUUAUUCAAUUCCGACAACGCAAGGCACCAAAUUGCAGCCAAACAAAGAAAAACCUCAAUAGGGUGGAGAUUUAGACACCUUUCCUCAACAAUAAACUUUCACACCUAAAAUCACUAAAACAAGCGCCAACGUAACUAUAGCGUGGAGCUUAAUUUUUCCACAUAUUCCAGAUCUCCCUAUCAAAUUCCCUAUGCCUUCCAUUGCACCCUUCAACAUUUUCAUGGACAAAAGGAAACCUAGGAGUGGCACUGGCAAUUUAUCCACUGUAAAAGCUGCAGCUUGGGCAUGGUACCAGCAUGGUUCAGGGUCUAAUGAAGGGAAGCCCAUCAACGAAUUUGCUGUCACAAGAACUCGCCAAGCUUAUAGACCCUCAAGAUACAAGCUCGAAGCCAUGAAAGUGGUGGAAGAAUGUUCCAUAGAAGAGUCAUCACAAUCACCCAACGAAGCUAUUCCAGUCCAUACAGAUAGUAAUUCUCUUCUCGACGCCUAUGAGAUUGAAAGCAUUUCCAAGCGACUUGAUUGUCUGAUAGAGUCUAGUAACAUGUUCUGUGAUAGAGAUAAUGUCUAUGGCGAUGCUCGCCAGAAGAAUAGUAGAAGUGCAAUAAAGAAGAACAACAAGAAUAUCUUGAGAGGGUUAUGGUUGAGGUAUGCAGUUGUUUGUGGCACAAGGGAGGAUGUGGAUACGAGUGCUUUUGUGCGGAGUCGGCCGCCGCCGGCUAUGGCGGCAACGCAUGCUCCAGUAGUCAAGACAGCUGUUUGUAGGCCACGAGCUGCCCAUGCGCAGUGAAUUUUGGAACUAGUUAAUAAAUGGCCAACUACGUAUACACCAACUGUAUUAAUGGAAAUUUCUUUGCAGCUUCAUAGAUGUAUGUUAGACAUAAAUGUAAUUUUGAAAGAGAAAAAUAUGAAUCUAUCCAAUAACUGCUACUUUGCACUA